AUGGCGAUGCUUCCUCUUCACCAUGAAUUCCCCUGUAAAGAUCAUGUUUUUCAUAACGGUACUUCAUCUCGACAAAGCAGAGGAGAGCUUUCGUUCGAUUCGAAUGGUUCAAGACGUUUUUCAUCUGGAAGAACUUUACCAUGUCCAGCUUUCGAUGUGUUGAUGAAAGCAGAAGUUACUAGCAGUAGCACUAGUGGACAGAAACAUAGAGCAACGAUACCAAGAGGAAGAUUAUGCGUGGUUAGGGCGUCAUCAGAGACCAAGACUAUCAAGAAGAGACUGAAACUGUUAGAUUCUUACUUUGGGAAACUUCAAACCGACGAUGAGAAGCCUUCUUCUAUCUCAACAACUGGAGAUGAAAUCGAUCGAAAAGCUGAAGUGAGUGCAAAGGAAGAGUUAAAAACUCUGAGCGAUUAUCUUGACAAACAACAAAAAGACGCGAUGGUAAAACCGGAAAGCGGUUUAGUAGCAAGCAAGUUGAGACAGACUGAUCUCGAAAGUAAAAAUCUUCCUUUCCAGCAGUUCGAUGAUGAUGAUGAUCAAUCAGAAGAUACAUUGAGCUUCUAUGCUGUGAGCGUAUUAGCAUCCAUAAACGUCGGUGUAUGUCUUUUCGAAGCAGCGAGUCCAGUUAGGAACAACGAGAUGGGACUCUUAUCGCUCCCGCUGCUGUAUGGAGCAAAGAUAAACGAUCUAAUCGUGGCCGGAGAAUGGUGGAGGCUAGUCACACCCAUGUUUCUGCACUCUGGAGUUCCUCAUGUAGCGCUUAGCUCGUGGGCUCUGCUUACAUUUGGACCAAAAGUCUGCCGUGACUAUGGACUAUUCACGUUCUGUCUCAUUUACAUUCUUGGAGGAGUCUCUGGUAACUUCAUGAGCUUUCUUCAUACUCCAGAUCCUACAGUUGGAGGAACUGGACCAGCAUUUGCGUUGAUAGGAGCUUGGCUCGUAGACCAAAGUCAGAACAAGGAGAUGAUCAAAAGAGAUGAGUAUGAUGACUUGUUUCAAAAGGCCAUUAUAAUGUCAGGACUUGGUCUCAUACUAAGCCAUUUCGGUCCUAUAGAUGACUGGACGAAUCUUGGAGCGCUUGUUACCGGGGUAGUGUAUGGAUUCUUCACUUGUCCGGUGUUUCAGCUUGGAGGAGGAAGUGAGAGACAAGAAGGGAACGUGGCGGUUGGACCGGAGAAACCGAAUGGUGCUGAUCCGUGUAAGUCGUUUCUGGUGUUCGUGGUCUUCGUCGCGGUUCUUGUCACUUCUGUGAUACUCCUUGGGGAUGGACCAUUGGACUUCCCUACGUACGAUGAUGUUGUCUACUCUCUCAUCUAG